GUUUAAAGAUUAAAUUGUAUGAAAACAAAGUUUAUACCUAUUUAAAACAUAAAUAAUGUAAUUUUUUAAUCGAUGUUAUCAAGUUUGAUUAAAUAUUACUGUUCACGGUACCUGAGAGACUAAAGUAUGUAUGUUUUAACGAAGCUGGUAAUUGAACGUAUAACAUACUUAAACUUUCAAUGCUGUACACAAUAUUUAUAUUAUGUUACUUGUGUUCCUGUAUAGAAUAAAAAAAUUGUAUUGCAUCUUAAUUUGUACUGUAAAUGUUACAUUUAAAUCAUCUGUCACGUUCUAAUCUUGGUGUCUACGUCAUGACCCCUUUUGAUGGUAUUACCAAUAUAACAAAUAAGGCUAAUACGAUUUUUUAAUUUAUAUUACAUGUUAUGAUAUUUUGUUUACAAGAUCAACAUAUGACAAAGAUCAAUGUAAAAUAAAGGCUUUAUUACAAUGUAUCAUAUAAACACCUUAUAUUUGUAUUUUUUUAAACGAGUUUCAAUUUUACCGUUGGUAGCAAUACUGUUUUAAAAAUACAAUUUCCGAUCUGAACUCGAAAACCUCUCGAUAUUUACAGACAGACGAAACCGGUUAAUAGAACUUUACUUAAAACAAUUUGAAUGUGUACUUAAACUUGCACUAACGCUUUAUAGUAUUUUUUUAUAACUUAUAUACAUAAUAAAUGGUUUUUAUAAGAAGUACUUCGAGGUUAUGAAGUAUUACAUUCAUAACAAAUCCGAAGCAUGUUCCACGUUUAAAUUAGAAUCAGCAUAUACGAAAGUAGAUAAUACGAAACUAAUAAUAUAUUUAAAAUAUUAAAAUAUAAAAUGAAGUGGGUACCACGAUACUUUACAGGACCAAUUUUACUUGGUUUAUCCUUAACAAGUGUUAGCAUUGCUGUAAUAUAUGUAUUAUAUAAAAAGGAUGAAGACGAUGCACAGUCUAGAAGAAACAAUGUUGAAGUUUCAAGACGAGUUACAAUAGAAUGUAAAGUACCUAAACAACAUGUACCUGCUGUUAUUGGAAGAGGUGGUUCAAUGAUACAAGAUGUACAAAAUAAAACAGGAACACAAAUACAUUUUAAGAAAGAGGAUGUUGAAUGUUCUGAACGUAUUUGCAUCAUAAGAGGAAGCCAUGAAGCUACCCAAUUGGCUGAAAAGAUGAUAAAGUCCAUAAUUGAAAAUCAACCAAUAAUUGAAAUAUAUGAAAUGUAUGUACCACAGAAGGCAUGUGGAAGGAUAAUAGGAAAAGGUGGAGAAGUUAUACAACAUAUUCAGAUAAGUUCCGGUGCAAAGAUCAUUGUUGAAAGUGGCUAUGAUCCCUAUAAUCCAAAUGUUGAAAGAAGGAUCAUUAUAAAGGGAACAAGCGAACAAAUUGCUGCAGCUUUGUCGCAAAUUGAAGACAAAGUUCGGGAGGAAAAAGAGACACGUGCAAAAAUAGAGGCUUCUUCUGCAACAAGAUUGCCUAGAGGUAGAUUGUCUCCACGCAACACCACUGUUAGUACAGCUGAACAAUCACAAACACCUGAACCUUUAUCAUUGCAAACUACUGAUGGAGUAAUGGAAGUGUAUGUAUCAGCAGCAAAAAAUCCUGCUCAAUUUUGGAUUCAAGUUGUCGGUCCUGGAACUAUAGCUUUAGACGAAUUAGUUUCUAAAAUGACUGUAUAUUACAAUGAUGAAGAAAAUCAGCAAGUACAUGCAUUACAAAAUGUAACAUUUGGCCAAAUGGUGGCUGCGAAGUUUAGUUUUGACAAACAGUGGUACCGAGCCGAAAUUAUUUCUGCGCCUGAAAAUGGUGAAUGUGAAGUAUAUUUUGUGGACUAUGGAGAUCAUGAAGUGGUUCAAUUGGACUCUAUAUUACAACUUCGAACCGACUUUUUAAGCUUACGGUUACAGGCAAUUGAGUGCUCCUUAUCCAACAUUAAGCCACGAGGCAACGAGUGGAGCAGCGAGGCUUGCGAGAGAUUCGAAGAACUCACUUGGCUAGCUGAGUGGAAAAUGUUGAUAGCUGAAAUCAAAAGUUACAAAGAACGAGCUGUUAGCUAUGGGAAAUCUAGACGUGAAGGAUUACCAAUCCCUUAUGUUGAUCUUUAUGACAGAAACAAUAAGAACAUCAAUAUCGGUCAACAAUUGAUAAACGAAGGUUUUGCUGAGCCAGAAGAAGCACUAUUAUCGGCAGCUUCUUCAACACUGUCGUUAUCUAAUGAAAGCCACGAGAUCACUGGUAUCUCAAGCCCUGUAUCAACUUCACCGUUGGCAAAACGAACACUGAGCCCAGAAACACCUGCAAACACUUCGCUUAAAUUGGAUUCGACCAUCGAGUUUACAGACUCAUCCAUCAUCGAUCUUCAAACACCCAACGAAAUUGAUCUUACAACACCACAGAGACGACAUGGCGUGCCGAUCGAUGAAAUUGAUCUCGUCACACCGGUGAAGGAUGAGACGGAUCGGUUCAUCGAGAACGAGAGGAAACUACGUCGAGAGGACGGGGGCGGUGAUUAUCUACGAAACGGAAAUAGUAAUCAACACGACAAAUCUGAGGUGCAGUUGAAAAUUGAAAAAGCAUCGCGAUUCGCUCCGGCUGGAUACGAGAGUGAUCUAUCCAAUGACUCGGACGAACUGGAAUUGGGGUAAAUAAAUCAAAAGAAAAAAGUUAGAUACCUUAAUGAAGAUCUGUGAACCAUUUCCUUUAGCUUUAUAGACAGUCUAGAUAAGCCAUAUAGAAUUAGUUUGUUCCGUCGAAAUAACGUAGAAUUUAUAAAUAAGAAAAUCCUAUGUGCUUUGCGUUAUUGGCAAUUGUUUUUGUCUAUAUCAAAACGUUCCAUGCUACGUGAAAGUUUCAAAGUAAAUUCAAUUAUAUUUCUACAUUGCUUCACUGUUAAAUAAUAUUUUUUUUUUAUUUCUGAUCAAAUGGUAUGGGAUACCGGUGACCCACGUAGCAUAGAAUGUUUCAAAUUCCAACUUUGUACACUAACGCUUUUUACCUUGAUAAGACCGUUUGUAAUACAUCCGUAAUUUAUAGUAGAUUAUGGAAAUACAUAUAUAUUAUACAAUUUAUAUUCUAUUCAAGAUUAAUUGUUGGUUUUAAGUCAUUUGGAAAUUGAACAUUACCUGAUGUUCAACUGUUUUACAUGUUUUAUCUUCUGUAAAAAUAAAACAUGGUAAAAGAGAUGACUCCUUUUGAUAUGGCGGGAGAAAUGCCUUUGAAUAGGCAAUUGAUUUUGAACAGGUUAUAAUGAUGCGUUUAUAAUGUUUAUACAAGUGAUUUUUAUUAAUCACACGCGUUUUUUAUCACACAAUUUUUUAUUAUAUAAGGAUCGUGAAUUGAUACUGAAUUUCUAUAAAGUGAUACAGAUAAAGAUUGACUAUAUUACUGAAGACAGAAGAGCUGUUAAUGAACUGUGCUAUGAUUAAUACAACUUUGAUAAUAUGAAGUUUCUUCCAACUGUUAGAUACUAUCAAACUAUAAAACAACUUGUUCUGCAUUCUGGGCGAAUAUUAAAGAGCGUCCAACGAAACAACGGCCUUGAUAACAGUUAAGACAUAUUAAGAACAAUUGCGACACGAAGCACAGUAAAAUCCAACAAAUUUUCCUAAUAUGUACUUCCAAGUAGUCACGUAGUGCUACUGUUUAAGUCGUGCCUUGUUUUCUUCGUAACACAUUCAUUAUAAAGUAUGCUCAAGAUUAACACGUUGACUGCAUUUGGGUCACCGGUAGCCCACGCCUAAAAUUUAUAUAAUGGAAUAAUUAAUAAAAGAAAAAAAAACAGGCGAACUUUGUGUAAUAAAAGUAAAAAUAGUAAUUAAAGCAUAAUUGUAUUAGACAUGGCUAUUUUCUAUUUUUGUACCAGUCAACGUGUUAUAAAAAAGAGUGCGCGUAAAUUGUUUCGCGCAUAAUUGCUUUCAUUGAAACAUAGCGUGUAAAAAGAGAAUGUAAGUAUUACGACGCAAAGAGUUAAAGAAGACCUACUACUGGUCGUAUAUUUUUAUAAAACGAUACGAGAAUAAUAUUAAUUGAUUGUAACCGAAGAGAAAGAGAGACGAUUUGUUAAUUAAUUCGAGAAAGAUAAAAAACAUUUCUGUUAAUGUAUUUACUUAACGUUAAACGAAACUCGUUGUUGUUUCUUUUAGUUUAUCAUUUUGUUUUCAAGUUAUCUUAUUUCCUUUAAUGGUAAAAUGUACAAUAAGAACUGAAUAUUCUAACGAAUAAAAUGAUCGUUCUCUGAA